UUGGGAACCCUGUUUCGUCUUCGCAAAAUCCAACAUGGAGGUCGAAAGUGGUGGUGAUUUUGAAGGCUGGCUUUGCUCUAAGCUGAAAGAAAUGGGACUAGAUGAAGAGGUAUUCUGUACUUAUGUGACAGGAGUCCUUGAUGAAGAAGAUACAAACGACAACGAUCGCCAAGAAGCGCUGUUUGGUAUUCUAGAUGGAAUGACAGAGACUCCUGCAGAAGAAGUCUCRGCUGAAAUCUUGACRAGAUGGAAACUAUCAAGAGCUGAUCUUCUGAAGAAAAGACAGRACGAAAAAGAGCAAGAAACUCUUGAAAAGCAAAACAGACUUGCWAAAAUCAUGGAAAAACAAGCAGCUACUGUCUCAGCAGCCAAGKUGACAAACUCAGUGGAUGAAGAAUUGAAGAAAAAGUUACUCAAUGAAUACAGUCACCAAUCAGAAGAAGAAUCUUUAAGUGACAGCGAAGAUGAGCCUGUUAAUGAGAGAGUGCCCCCAAGGCUUACUGGGAAUGAAGCWGAUUUAUUCAAAAACACCAAUGCUCAAGCAGUCAUGGAAAAAGAAAAAGAGAAACGAGACAAACAAAAGAAUGAAAAUGAACAAAAGAAACAGCAGAUCAAAGAYGCCAAGGAAAAACAAAAGCAAAAAGCUGAAGAACGCAAGGAAAAAGAGAAGAAAAGAACACAGAAAGGAGAACGACGACGGUGACACUGUCGACUGUAAUAUUGCACUAGAGGAAGCUCCUGUCAAAAUCAAAGAAUUAUCAAAAUUGCACUCGAUUAGAUUCAAGUGUUUUCAAAUAAGUUUUGUUGCGAGUGCAUUAAACUUCUUUAUUUUUCUUUUAGAUUUUCCAAUGCAACAAUACAAAACAGCAUAAAUUCCACAGAAAUAUGUAAAACACUAGUUAAGAGAAAUACAAAUACAAACAUGUCAAAUUUAAUAUACCAAAAAAAUAAAAAAAAUGUAUUUUGAAGCUGUA